AUGAUGUCUACCAAGAGAAGUCAGACCCAGAAGAUGAGGCUGCCUACAUUUACUCAAAAGGUACCACUGGAGGUGCCAUCCCCAACAGAGAAGGACUGGUCUAAGGAUAACAUAGAGGAUUAUGUCAUCAAGGACCUAGAUCAGGGGGUGGAUUCCCUGCCUCAGCCUUAUCGAAUGAUCAAUAAGCUGGUGAAUCUUGUGUUUGACUUGGCAUGGGAACUUAUUGAAGAGAGGGAUACCUUGAAGGAAUCUGAGAGCGAUUGCAUCCAGCUCACUAUCUACCCUCCACUGACAGAAGUCCAGCUAAACAAAAUGCCCAAUUGUAUGGCUAUUUCCCAAGACUAUGUAUUUAUUGGAGUAGGCAAAGGAUUCUUCAUCUAUAAUCUGUACAACACUAAACGGAUAUGUACUUGGGAGAAACUUAAGGUUGAUGUCACCUCCAUCUGGGCCACAGAUUUAGGAAAUGAAAUACUGAUUGCUCUCCUGGAUGAAAUGGGUAUCAUUAGACUGUUUUACUUUUAUAAGGAUAGCCUUUUCCUAAUCAAAGCCAUCAAUGAAGUGGAGGAUACCAGCAAGCAUAACACCUGUGUAAAGAUGGCGAUCUCUCAGGGUGGGGACUUUGCAGCCUUCCUCCUACAAGGAGUUGGAGAUGUUUGGCUGGAUGUGUAUAAGUUGCCCAAGGAGUCUUGGCUCAAGGAAGUGGAGCAUCCCCAAGUCACUUCAAAUGCAAAGAAAAAAGCCAGACAGACACAACUGAACUCUGUCGAUCCCACUCCUGUAGAUAACUUAGAAAUGGAUAUGAACAUUUAUUUUAGAGGUGAUAUUAAGUUGAGUUUUCCAGUUCCCAUAAUGAAGAUCAAACCACCUAAACCUAUAACAGGCACGACAUUUAAAAGUCCUCUAGAAGUCUUUGCAAAGAUAGAAGACUGCUAUGGGCUGGGCUCUGGGCAGAAUCACUUCAUCAAGGAGAGUCAGUGGGAACACCAAGCAGAGAUCUUCUACACCUCCUACAGGAAGUUCCUGGAUGGGGAAUGGGAGGAGGAGCCACUCAGUUCGGCCACAUUCCACUUCCUCCUUCCCAGCUGCCUCACUGCAAUGCCAGCAGAAGUCAGGAGCCCCUCAGGAGUAGCCUGCAUCCUUGGCAUACACUGGACCAGAAGUCACAACUUCUUCCUCUAUUCACUCAACCGAACUCUGAAGGAUAAAGCUGACCCUGAGGGUGUGUGGCCCUGUGCUGCGCCCAUUGUUGUCUCUCAGCUCAGCUGCUGCUCCUCCUACCUGGUGCUGGCCUGUGAGGAUGGUGUGCUCACCCUGUGGGACCUGGCUGAAGGAUUCCCCCUUGGGGUCGUUGCUCUUCCUGAAGGAUGUACCUGCCAAAGUCUUCACUUCCUAAAAUACUUCUUGAUCCACAAAGGACAGAAAAUGUUUCCUGAGGGACCAGUGAAAUCCCAGAUGAAAUGUGUGGUGCUGUGCACAGAUGCUUCCCUCUAUCUGGUGGAGGCCAGUGGGACCCAAGAACCUACCAUCAGUAUGCUUGUUGAGAGGCCCACAAAGCAUAUAGAUAAAGCCAUCUGUGCAGUGGCCCCAGUCCCAACCUUACCUGGCAUGGUGCUGAUCUUUUCCAAGAAUGGCUCUGUGAACCUCAUGGAUGUGACCAAGGCUGAAGUCAUCUGUGCCUUUGCUCCCCCAAGAUCCUACCAUCUGGAGGUGCCCUGGGAGCCGUUAUUUGUUGUGUCUUCACACCAUCCAUGUUUCCUGCUCCACGGGGGCUGUCCAGCUGAAACUGAAGCCACCACAGAUAAUGCCAAUGACCCUUGGAAUUCUGUAUUCUAUUUCAAUUUUGAGACCUAUCCACUCCUGGAAAACAUCUCCAAAAACUGCACCAUUCCUCUGAAGGACUUGGUAGAUGACAAGGUGUUCUCCCGCGUGCUGCCAUUGGAGGAAAGAUGCCAGCGUUUCCUCCAGAAGAGCUUCCAGACACUGAAGAAGAACCAGAUGAAAGGACACGAUCACUGGGCCCGACUUCGGAAGUACUCCUUGAUUCUCCAGAAAGAGAACACCAAGAAAUUCACUCCAGGGACUCUCUGAAGA